AUGCGAUUCGUCGAGUUCAGAUCGGCGAAGAGGGCGAAGAAGGUGAAUGGCAACCUGCGGGGCGAAAGCGCCGCAAGAAGGCCGAUGCUGUUUCUGGAGAUGGUUCAGCUGCCACGGCGCCCAACCCUUCCGCCUCGACAAGGCCUCCCAUCCCGCAAGGGGGGUCCGCGAGCAAGGGACAGGAGCCUUCCAAGGGCAAGGGCAAGGUCAGCAGUGAGCUUCCCGCUAAGGGUACUGCUCACACAAAGGAUGGCGUCCAAAAGGGCAACGGCAAGAGCAACAUUUCCGACGACAAAGGCAAGGGCAAGUCCGCUGGGAAUGGAAAGGGCAAAGGGCCGGGCUGUAGUCACGCCCCUCCCGUUCGCAACCCCCCUUCUACGGUCUGGCGGCUUAGAGCAGAGGAUUGGACAGGGAAACCCAUUAUACGACCAGCUUGGCGACUACAGUGGCGCUGGGGAAUCGCUUUGGUUCCUUGCGGAGGAUGCUACACAGGCUGAGGCUGCUCAAUGUAUGGUGGCAUCUGGUGGCUUCAAGAGCUCGCUAUUGGUUCUGUGGAGGGAUGACAAGGGGCCUAACCAAUUGCCGUUUUGGCACAAUGGUCAGGUACGGCUCCUGCGGACGUCUUUCAGUUCCCACCCUGUUUCAAACGUCGCCGUUCCCGGCCUCAAGGGUGAGCAGAAAGCGAAGAAGGCGGUCAAAAUCGUCCCCACCUCGGUCUUGAGGGCCAUUUGUGUGCGAGACUUUGCUAGCCGCGAGUCAUGGACGCAAGCGCAGCGCGACUUCAAGCAGUACGUUCAGUCUCGAGUCCCACAUGUCAAGGAUGUUUGGGGCACCGCGGCUGAGGAGCGGCAUGGCAAGGUCUUGGUCGCUUUGGUUCGCAUUGCCACUGAUCAGCGCGAGGCCAUGUUGGUGAAGAGUGGAAUGGAUGGCCUCUUCUGGGAAACCGUUAGCAGAGAGGACGACGACAAGAAGUACCAUGUUCGUUGGCAUGAGAAGCGCGAUGGUGAGACUGACGCCGUGUACCUCCAGAGAUGCAUCGCUGCCAAGCCGAAGCAUGGCUUGAUAGUGGGGCGACGGCAGAUCGGCGAGCGGGUUGUCCACAAGCCUGAGGAAGUCAUCCGCAGCUGGCGACUUGCUGACACGCCGUGCGACUGGACCCAGGAUACCAUCGCUGACCUCCUUGCUGGGUCCGGCCUCACCGACAUGACGGUUACCAGCAGAAUCACAAGACGAGGUGUCGCUACCUGGUUUCUGCGCGCUGCAUGUAAGGAGGACCUCGUCGUCAUCAACGCUGAGGUGGGCAAAGAGACCAAGGCUUUCUACGUCCUUCCGACCUUUGUUGCAAGACAGGGGUUCAUCAAACGCACUGUUUUGAAGCAGGACAACACGUUCACCUUCAAGCACGAGUCCUUCCGAGUCGUCCCUGGCACCGCGACCGCCGUCAACAAGGAUGCUGAGGAGCUCCCCGAUGCCAGCGCCAAGGAGGAAAGUCAGGCGAAACGCCUUGCCGUUGCUUCCCGGGCAGCUCCUGACGGUGUCACGCUUGUUGAGAUUGCUCGCGAUGGAAAUUGCCUUCCGAAUGCCAUAGCUAAGGGCCUGGCUUGGAACAAAGGCAGCGCCAAGGUUGCUAGCAGUCGCCAGAUUCGGGGUGAGCUCAUCUCCUACAUGCAGCGGAAGCUCACGCACUACGAGGCAUAUUGGGAUGGCAGAGACACUUCCGACCGCCCGGACACGCUGUCCUCUUUCCAGGACUACCUCAAGGAGGCUGCUCUUGACGGGAAGUACCUCGGCCACCUCGAGAUCGACGCUGCCUGCCGGCUGUUCGGGCUUACAGUGUACGUGAUCCCCACGUUGGCUUCCGACCCUCCUGUGCGGCAUGGGAGUGGCUCCUAUGUCAUGGCCUUCCAGUUCGAGCCUGGCGCAAGUGGCAUCGGGCACUACGACUUCUUUGAGCCUUCUGACCGCGACGCGGGCUACCCUGCAGUCAUCAGCACGAUUCAGGAAAUCGGUGCUACUUCCGGAGGCAGGGGAGGCGGUGAGCGUGCUGAAGGAGGUGGCAGCAGCGAGGAGGAUGUGCCGCUCACUCUCUACUCUACUGGUUCCGUUGGACAGGGCCGGGCGGCUGGCGAGCCCUCCUCUGGCUCCAUUGCUGGAGACGAGGUUGCCCUCACCACCUACACUUCUGUGGAUGGCCAACUGGUACGUCGCCAAGCUCUCGAAGGAAAACGUGCCAACGACAUCCGCGCUUGGUUUGGGCCCCUUUUCGCAGCGGGCGCUCGCAGGCCUGUUGCCAGCUUGAACGAGGCGGAAGCGGCGGCGGCGUCAGACUGUGAUAGUCAGGACCUGGGUGGAGUGGAGGUGCCCAAGGUGGCUGCGCAGCAGAAGGGCCGCAAAGGUAAGCGCACUCACUGGCAGUGUAAAUUUUGCCCCUAUCGGACGCCACUGCACGCGAAAGGGGCGUACCUUAAUACCUUGCGGCACUUGCAUUUGCGCAGUUGGCACCUCGACAGGAAAGAGCAGUGGAGCAGCAAAGCCAAGUAUGGCGUCAGGGUGAUCGAGGACGUUACGGCAGCUGAGGCCGACGCUGUCCAGACUCGCUGGAAAUGCCCUCACUGUCCUGCCGGUAUUUUGGAUGAUGGUGUGCCUCGUGGCAGGGGUGCUGAGGAAGCCAUCACCAGGGCCUGCAAUCAGCACAUGAGGUGGCGACAUCCGAGCGAGAAACCUGUGCGGCGUCGCCCACGGGCGAACAACUCUGGAAAGGCGACGGCUGCAAAGAUUGCUGCGGGAGUGGCGGCGAAAGUUCUCCGGGCCAAGAAGGGCGACUUCGGUGACCACAAGGUGGAAAUCCUGCGCAUCCCUUGUCUGGGCUCUACGGCCAAGAAGAAGCGGAAUACGAGCACUUGUUUGGUGUGCAAAACGUGUGGCUCGUACGGGCAUGCGGCGGCGUCUUUGCGACAAUACCCCUGCAACUCGGCGAGGGUUGCGGUGGGUCACAAGCGGGCGAGCAUGAUCAAGAAGUUCCAGGAGGCGUUGGAGGCGGACUACGCGGAGGGGUUGAAGAAUGGCUUGCGACGUGUGCUUCAGAUCUUUGAGGAGGUUGAGGCGCGGCAGCAGGAGAAGGGCGAGGGAGAUGCGCAGCACCACGUUCAAGUCUUUGCGUGGCCCUCGUUCAACAAGGGCAGUGGCAACUAUGCGUAUGCGGUGCGCUUUCUGUGCUUGAAGUGCCAUGAGGAGUCGGCCAAGCUGACGCAGCUCACAGCUAGGCCAUGCAGCACGGUGGGCCGGCGACGCAAGGACAAGCGCAUCAGGGACCUGCAACAAAUCGCGGCGAAGGCGGAGGACCCCCCCAAAUCGGCUGCCAUGGCUGUUUUGGUUGCUCUGGGUGAAGAAUCUGUUGAAAAGGCCACAAGUCCUGGUUUCCGAUCCGAGACUGGAAACUUGAGGCCUUUUCCAUGCAUUUCGGGCCCCAGUGCAGAGGCGGGGCCAGGGAGGCGUGCAGCGGAGCGGCAGUCAUGA